AUGUAUCAACAAUUAAACACAGAAUUUAUUAUUAAAGAAGAAAUAUUAGAUAGAGACGAUUCAGAUGAAUACGAAUCAAUCUAUGAAAAUGAUUCUUUGCCAAGUUAUGGAAUUAAAAGUGAAAUACUAUAUGAUAAUAAUUUAGUUGAAUGCAAUGAACAGCAAACAUUUUUUUGUGACACAUGUGAUGAAACGUUUUCCCAUAUUUCCAAUUUAAUUACACAUCAACAAAUUCAUGUUGAUCAAAAACCCCUUUCAUUUAAAAAAGAAAUAGCAGUUGAUAAAAUUGGUGAAAACUCAUGGUCAAGUGAAGUGAAUAAAAUAAUUAAUAAAGGAUACAAUCUUGAAGAUACUUAUAAAGAACAAUUUUCAUGUAAUACAAAAGGUAAAAUAACAUUUGACAAAGUAGCCGUAGUUGUUUUAGAAAGAAUACAAAUAGAUGAAAAAUUAUUUAAAAGGGGAUCUAAUUUGGUAGUUGAUAAAGAAAGUGAUGGAAAAAGAUUUUCAUGUGAAGUUUGUGGUAGAAAAUUCAGACAGGAAUACACUUUAAAGGUACAUAAAAGGAUUCACACCGGAGAAAAACCACUUUGGUGUGAUAUUUGUAAUAAAAGAUUCAGACAAGAUUCUUCCUUAAUUGUACAUAAGCGAAUUCACACCGGAGAAAAACCAUACUCAUGCGAUAUUUGCGAUAAAGAAUUUAGACAAGAAUCCAACUUAAUUUCUCAUAAAAAAACGCAUAAACGAAAAAAAAGUUAUCCAUGUAAUGCAUGUAAUAAAAAAUUUGCUACACGAAAUAUUUUAAUCGCCCAUAAAAAAACUGACCAUCAAUCAAAGGCAUCUAAACUUCCAAAGCGUGAAAAACCUUUUGCUUGUGACAUUUGUGGUAAAACAUUUAUGUAUGAGAAGUAUUUCAUCUUUCAUAAGAAAAUCCAUGAUGGAGACAUUAAACCAUACCCUUGUGAUGCUUGUAACAAAAUAUUUACCACGAAGCAUAGUUUAAUCUUACACAAAAGAAUACAUGAUGGAAUAGUAACAUUUUCGUGUGAAGCAUGUGAUAAAACUUUCACUCAACAAAGUCUGUUUAUUUCUCAUAAAAAAACUCAUCCCGACGUAUAUUUCUCAAGUCCAAACAACGUAUUUCCUUGUGAUUUUUGUGAUAAAACUUUCAAAGUUAAACAAACUUUAAUUAUUCAUCGAAGAAUUCAUACAGGUGAGAGACCAUUUUCAUGUGAUAUAUGUGAUAAAAAAUUUAGACAUGAAGCUUCUCUACUUUCACAUAAAAGAAUUCACACAGGUGAAAAACCAUUUUCUUGUGACACUUGUGAUAGAAAAUUUAGACAAGAAACUUCUUUAAUUAUACAUAAAAGAAUUCAUACUGGAGAAAAGCCGUAUUCAUGCGAUAUUUGUAAUAAAAAAUUUAGACAACAUCCUGGUUUAAUUACUCACAAACGGACUCACACUGGAGAAAAACCAUACUCUUGUGAUAUUUGUGAUCGAAAAUUUAGACAAGAAACUUCUUUAAUCAUACAUAAAAGAAUUCAUACUGGAGAAAAGCCGUAUUCAUGCGAUAUUUGUAAUAAAAAAUUUACACAACAUCCUGGUUUAAUUACUCACAAACGGACUCACACUGGAGAAAAACCAUACUCUUGUGAUAUUUGUGAAAAAAAAUUCAGUCAGCAGAUCAGUUUAAACAAGCAUAAGAAUACUCAUAAUAGAGAAAAAAGUGAUUCCAUCAAUGAAAACGAAUUAUUUUCUUGUGAUUUUUGUGAUAAAACAUUCAAGGCUAUACAAGGUUUAAUUAUGCAUAGAAAAUUUCAUACUAAAGAAAAGCCAUUUGAAUGUGAUAUAUGUCCAAGAAAAUUUACUCAGGAAUCUGCUUUAAUCGCGCAUAAAAUAAUUCAUACUGGUGAAAAAAUAUUUGAAUGUGAUUUUUGUGCUAAAAAAUUUGGACAACAAGGCGGAUUAACUGUACAUAGAAGGAUUCACACCGGAGAAAGACCAUAUUCUUGUGAUAUUUGUGAUAAAGCAUUUAUCCAGAAAAACAAUUUAAUAAAACAUAAGAUAACUCAUACUGGAAAAAAACCGUUUUCAUGUGAUGUUUGUAAUAAAUCGUUUGGAUUCCAAUCAAAUUUAACGAAACAUAAACGAAUUCAUACCGAAGGUGUACAUUUUCUUGUACAAAAAAGAAGUCUUGCUAAAGGAAAAUCUAAAAAAUUUACCAACAAAGUUAUUUUUAAAAGAACUCGCAUUGGAGAAAAAUCGUUAAGUUGUGAUGUUUGCGGUAAACAAUGUAACGGAAAACUUGGCUUAGUUCUACAUAAAAGAAGCCAUGUUGGAAAAGAACUUUUUCCAUGUGAUAAAUGUAAUGAAAUAUUUCCACGACAAAGUCAAUUAAUUGCUCAUAGGAAAAUUCAUCCUGCUGAAUUGAAAUCAUUUUCUUGUUCUUUUUGUGAAAAAAAAUUUAAUCUCAAAGCAGGGUUAAUUAAUCAUCAAAGAAUUCAUACCGGAGAAAAACCAUUUUCUUGCGAUGUAUGUGAUAAAACAUUUAGAGCAGAAAACACUUUAAUCGUACAUAAAAGACUUCAUACUGGGGAAAAACCGUAUACUUGUGAAAUUUGUAAUAAAAAAUUUAGACAAGCGCCUGCUUUAGCUAUUCAUAAGAGGAUUCAUACGGGAGAAAAACCUUUUUCAUGUAAUGUUUGUAAUAAAGCAUUCAGGCAGAAAUCCAAUUUAAUGACGCAUGAGAAAAUUCAUAACAAGCAAAAACCUUUUUCUUGUAAUGUUUGUAAUAAAGGUUUUGGACAAGAGAUCAACUUGGUCAAACAUAAACGAAUGCAUGUCGAAAAACCUUUUUCUUGCAAUAUUUGUAAUAAAUGUUUUAGGCAAGAGUCCAGUUUAGUUAAACAUAGACGAAUACAUGCCGAAAGAAAGCCUUUUCAAUGUAAUGUCUGUAAUAAGAUCUUUACCAGAAAAAAUCAUUUGGUUGCACAUGAAAAUUCGCACAUUGAAAUAGAAAAUAAUAUAAUUUCUGAUAAAAAAAUUAAGGCAGAAGAAAAAUCUUUUCCAUGUGAUGUUUGCGGUAUAACAUUUAUCAAGAUAAAGGGUUUACUUAUGCAUAAACGUAAACAUUUAGUAAAUAAGUUUUCUUGUAAUAUUUGUAGUGCAAAGUUUCCCUUUAAACAAAGUUUAUUUGCCCACAAACGAAUUCAUAAAAUAAAAUCAUGUGAUAUUUGCAAUAAAACAUUUAAGUAUGAUUCUCUUUUAAUUACACAUUUGAGAAGUCAUACUGGAGAGAAACCUUUUUCUUGUGAUCUUUGCGAUAAAACUUUUUCAUGCCGAGGCAAUUUAGAGACACAUAUGAGAACUCACACUGGAGAAAAGCCAUACUCGUGUGGUUUUUGUGAAAAAACAUUUAGACAGGAAUCGAACUUAAUUGUACAUAAGCGAAUUCACACCGGAGAAAAACCGUUUUCGUGUGAAAUUUGUGAUAGAAAAUUCAGACAGGAAUCGAAUUUAAUUAAACAUAAACGAGCUCACCCUGAAAAUUGUUUUUCAUGUAAUGUUUGUGGAGAAACCUUCGCUCAUAAAGAGGCUUUGAAGAUACAUUGGGAAAAUCAUAAAGACGGAAAUUUUGAAGAAUGCUUAAUUAAGGUAGAACUUGUAUAA